AUGCCUCUCGAACUCCCCUCGCUCAACGCCUCGAUUGUCGGCAACACCGUUCAGAACGGCGCUGUUGAGCAGUUUCUCAACAUCCGAUACGCCGACAUUCCUGGCAAGUUUGAGAAGCCCGUGCUCAAGAACGAUUGGAACGGCGCGGAGAUCGACGCCACCAAGGUCGGUCCCGUGUGCCCCCAACCCCGCACCCCAUUCAACUUCUUCUCCGUGCCAGACGACCUCUGGGAGAAAGUCAAUGUGGACACGUACCAGGACGGUCUGCUGUGCGACAACCUGAUUGUGACGCGACCGAAGGGCGUGUCUGCCAACGCCCGGCUGCCCACUGUUGUGUGGAUCCACGGCGGCUCCAAUAUUGAGGGCAGUAUCUACAACCUCAUCUAUGAGCCCCAGUUCCUGGUGGCAGAGUCGGUGCGAGUAGGCAAGCCGAUUGUGCACGUGUGUAUCGAGUACCGACUGGGUCUCGCGGGCUUCCUCACCAAGAACGGCAAGGGCAACUGGGGCACGUGGGAUCAGUACACGGGCUGCCAGUGGGUCAACCGCCACAUUCAGGACUUUGGAGGCGAUCCUUUGAACGUGACAUUGACCGGUGAGUCUGCCGGCUCUGUAGCAGUCCAUAACAUGCUCAUCAAGGACUCCAUGAACGGCCGAAAGUUGUUCCGAAAUGCCGUCAUGAUGAGUGGCACUCUCGAGACCAUCACUCCUCAGCCUCCCAAGUGGCAUGCUCGUUUGGAGGAGAAGGUGGCCAAGGUCACUGGCAAGGAAGUGGCCGACCUUGCUUCUCUGUCCGAUAAGGAGCUGCUCGACGCCCAGAUCAAGCUCAAUGUGGCUGUGUGCAUGACUUGCGACGACGGCGACUUUUUCGAGCCCGGAUGGAAGCAGCAUCUGACUCCUGACUGGCUCGACAAGCUCAUCAUCUCCGAUUGCAAGGACGAGGGCAUGCUGUAUUUCCUGCCAGUCAACGCGCAGGACGACGAGGAGCUGUUGGCAAAGGUGGCCAAGUCGCCCGUGGGUAAGGAGAUUUCCGAGCUUUACGGCAUCAAGGAGGGUGGCGAUAUCAAGUCUGCGUGUCUCGAUCUCAAGACUGACGCCACCUUCAAUUACUUUAACCAUCUGCUGUUCAAGAAGAUGGAGGAGGCCCGAAACAACGGCUCCACUUCUCGAGUUUACCGUCUGGCCGUCGAUGAGCCCAACCCCCACAACCCCGACCAGCGGGCCCACCACGCCGUCGACGUGCUGUACAUGUUCAACUCGACCAAGUUCAACGAGCACGGCGACAAGCUGUCUCGGCUGUUCCAGAGCCACUUUUUGCGGCUGGCGUAUGGCCUGGAGCCCUGGGACCAUCGAAACUUUGGAGUGUACAGAAACGGCGGCUACCAGCAGCUGCCGCUGAGUGAGUUGAACAAGGUCCGACCCGUCGAGCGGUACGAGGCGCUGUCCAAGAUGGACUUUGGCCAGGUUGGGCGUUUGUCCAAUGCGCUUUCGCGCCUAUGA